AUGGUCAACGUCCCCGGCAGAAGCAGAGGCUGCGCAACAUGUCGAAAGCGCAGGGUCAAGUGCGACGAGUCCCUGCCACAAUGCCUCGCUUGCGUCCGCAUGGGGUUGCCGUGUCCGGGCGCGCGUACCGGGACAUUCUUUGUACACGCUGUGCCAAGGUCUUCAUCGAGCCAUGAAGAGUGUAGUUCAACACCGCGGCUCCCGGGCCCUCAACCAUCGCGAGCCGGUGCUUUUGACCCGCUGUUUGUCUCACAUUUUGUCGAGUCCUUCUUCGGCACCAUGAAACCACCUCCGACUCCAGGAACACCGCCAAAGAUAUGGCUGCACGAGCUUCCCGUCUUCCUAGCCUCUUUAGAGCCAUCGUCGGCCAAGCCUGCCAUUCGUGCAGCAUCGAUGAUCAGCUAUGGCACUCUCGCAGGGGAUAUGUCCAUCAAGACGGCCGCUCGAAAGUGGUAUGCAGAAGCACUACAUCAUCUUCAGUGCCUCCUUACAAAGGGGAACGUCUCUGUCGAUGAGAGUAUCAUUUGCGCGGUCGUGAUGCUCAUUCACUUUGAAACCUGGGCUGGCACGAGCCAAAAAGCCUGGCUUCGUCAUCUCAAGGGCGCGGCAAUGUUGCUUCAGGUGGCAGGGCCGGAGAGUUGUCGUGAUGGCUUCAUGCAUCAAAUAUUCAGUCAUCUACGGUUCCAGAUGGCAAGUAUCCCCCAUUGCAACUACAUCAGAGAGGCUAACCGCUACCAGUUUGUCGCCGCCAUGACUGAAAACGAAGUGCCUGUCUUUGCAUCACAAGACUGGAUGACAAUCCCUUUUCAAGUCUAUCCAAAACUCAUCUUUGACCAGCUCAUUGAUGUUCUAUUCAAUCUUCUCAAAUGCCUUUCGGUUGCAGACCAACUCAUCAAAUCCGACUCGGGCGGUGACCUAAGGUCGACCCUCGAUGCCCUCAUCCGAGAUAGCAUGCUCCAAGCCUCCCAGUGGUGGUCAGGGUGCAUAGAGAACAACCCUUUUGGACAAAUAUCACCGAAGCAAGGGUGUGGCCCAGGCGAAGGUCAGCUACUGCUGACGCACACAUCGGUUCCAGCCGCAGCCUUGUGCUCUCUUUAUGAGACGGCAAACCUCGUCACUUUCCGUCUGUUGCAUCUCGUGUCCCCUUUAGCAUCUUCACAGGAUGAUCUGUGUGCCAGGCAGCACGCACAGUCCAUACUCUCGGCGAGUCAUUUCAUCGAUGAAAUGUCUGGCCCUGCACCAGAUCGUGGGUCUAUCAUGAUAACGUUGCAGCUAAAGGUUGUCAGUUUAUGGAGCCCGUCAUCCGAGCAGAGAAAUAUGGCGCUUGACUUGCUUCAAAGGGAAAAGCAUCAGGGUGGAGGGCUCUCGGAUAUCUCAGCUGUCUCCCACGAGUACUUUGCUGACGUGGCGGCUUACAUUCUUCAACACUACCCUAGCGACUGA